AUGAUAAAACAUUGCUGUAUGAAGGAUCAUAUACAGGAACACAAAGAUGCUGUUUCUAAAAGUUGUGACCAAUAUCAACAAACAUUUCGUGGAAAUUGUGAACUAAAACAACACGUCUUGAUAUCUCAUGAGGAUUUAAGAUACAGUUGUAAACAGUGUGACAAAAAAUAUCGCAGUAAAAGCGGCUUGGGUAUGCACUUAAUAGUGGAACAUUCUCCUGUUAAUAUUUUAAAUCCUGUAACUGACUCAGUUGAACAUCUUCAAGAUAACUCAUUGCAAACUGGAAUGUCCCUGUAUACUUGCGAUAUAUGCGAGAGAACAUUAAAUGGGAAGCAUAAUUUGUUACGACACAAAAAUACGGAUAAUGGGAAGUGUUAA